UAAACAAGGAACUUCAUCAUUCGAACCUUUCGGAUCUCGGGAGUGAUUAUCACCCAGUGUUAGUGAGUGCUUAGUGCGCGAGUGUGACUUAUUCGCUUCUGUCCUCCAGUCGGGGGGCUGUGCGCGGUCGCGACAACAGGCAAGGUGUCUCCCAUAAAGCUGUCGGCGAUGGACAGUAACUCGGUGUCUCCGAUGCCGGAGCUGGCGCCCAUCGCGGAGUUCGACAAGUCCCCGCCCUCGCCGCCCAACGAGGAGGUCCCCAUGGACGACCUGCCGCCGCCGCCCGCCACCAUCAGCCAGCCCGAGGGGAAGACCAAGCUGCAGCGCACGCGGUCCUACGACUCGGAGGACAACGAACGCGGCGCGUGCGAGUGGUGCGAGUACGCGCUGGUCAUCACGCUGGCCACGGUCCUGCUGCUGGGGGUGUCGGGGCUGACCGUGUUCUGGAUACUGUACUACCGCGAGGGCUUCGGCUGGGCCGAUGAUAUACCGGAGAAGCAGUUUAAUCUGCACCCCGCGCUGAUGGUCGCUGGUUUCGUGACGUUUAGCGGGUUUUCGGUCCUCCUCUACCGUAUCUGCCGCUGCCUCCGGCGUAUCUACGUGAAGCUGCUGCACGCCAUCUUCCACGCGCUGGCCAUGCCCUGCAUCGUCAUCGGAUUCCUCGCCGUGCUCGACUUCCACAACAAGAAGGGGAUCAACAACUUCUACUCGCUGCACAGCUGGAUCGGACUCACUGCUAUGGGACUGUUUGGGUUACAGUACGCCGUCGGCUUCUUCAGCUUCCUUCUGCUGCUGAUCUGCAGUAAGGGCACGGCCGGGUUCCGCGCGUCGCUGGUGCCGGUGCACGCAGCCUUCGGAGUGUUGACCUUCGUGCUCGGGGUCGCCGCCUGCGUCACCGGACUCACUGAGAAGGCCCUGUUCACUAUCGGGAACGAGACCUACGCGUCCAUGUCGGAGGAGUCCAUCGUGAUGAACGCCAUCGGGGUGAGCAUCGUGGGCGUGGCCAUCGUGGUGCUCUACACAGUACGCGGCACCGGCGGCCACCGCACCCGCACCGUCGCCGCUCAGCACCCGAGCUAAGCGAGACAGCUGAUGGCUUAGAAUGUGAGGAAAGUGUGUAGCUUGGAUUAGAUGGUCUUCAGUUGGGUUGAAAGUUUUGCAAAGAUUUAAGAUUUAUCCAAGCUACGCAGGUUCUCCUACGCAACACGUAACAUCUGACGGUUUGUUUACAAGUCGCUGUCAUCGCCGCCAUCUUGAUUUUUCUACAUCCGGUGCGCUCUUCCAACUUCCGCGCGCUUACCAAUUUAUAGCAUUAGUUCAAGCGACUUGUGUGUUCAAAUUCUUACAUAACAAAUUCAGUGUCAUAAUUAUUGUGAACGCCGUUACCGUGUCGGCUAACGAAUAUUGUAAUCCUCAGUUAUUACUUACACCGUACGAAAUUUAUCAUAGUUUAGUUGAAAUUGUUAACUUUAGGUUAUAAAAUUCUAUAAAGGUUGGCGUCAUUAUUAUUGUUCUUGCGGUUGUGUGUUAUUUCGUUAGUUUAACGAGUUGGGUUCAUGAAAUUCGAGAUUAUGUCCAAAUUUGACUGAUGAGUUUCAAAGGAAACGUUGGUUGCUCACGUCCUUUUACUGUUAAUUCCAAAUUAAUUUACGGCGGGAAAAUAUAAACAUAAUGUUAUGAUUAAGUAAUAAAUCAUUGCCCGUGAAUACGUGAUUAAUGAUUAUAAUAUAAAAGACCAGCUCAACCCACCCAUUCCGCUUCAGUUAACAUUUCAAAAUACCGUGACCAAUAAAAAUAAAAUGUAGGGUUGCCUCUGGGCUUACCACUGUAACACAAAUAUUCUCAUUACAAUAUUUACAAUAGACAUAAACUUUUUGUAAUAAUUAACAUUAUAACUUACAAUUAGGUAUAACUAUGGGAUUAUACCCUCUGUGCUGUGGAUUUACUAUUACAGUAAUUUUAAUAGCAAAAUUUGUGACGCGUAUUAUAAAAAGUCCUUUCAGUAGGUAGAUUUGUAUUAAUCUUUGAAUAUCAGAUGGCAGUCUCAAAAUUAAGUAGAGAAGUAGUGUGAUAGGAUCUAGAGUAGGUUAACAUCAGGAUACAAUUGAAAAUAUGUUUCAAAAAGAAAUAUUAAAUUAUUUGUAGGAAUUAUGCAAGUCAAUUGGAGGCUAUGUUGGUUGUAGUGUUCGGUUUACGAUACUCGCUCGUUUUACGCUGAAAAGCAUCUAGGUGUCUAUAUAUAUCAAUGUUCAAUCUACGAAUCUUUCAUAAAUUUAUUUAACUUUAUCCAUUCUUUCAACCAUUAUCCAGAUGCCAUACACAACGUAGGUGGUUUCAUUUUGAACCCACCUUUUAGUAGGUACCUAAUUUGUUAAGAAUAGUUAAGAAUAUACUAGUAUAGUAGUAAGUGACGUGUAUAUAAAUUUUAUUCUAAUUAAUGUGAUGUGCGAGUGUUCGAUAGUUGUAGAUCGUGAUGAAUUUGUAGCGAACAAUUCAACAUUUUGUAAUUAUUUAUUAAAGUCAUAAAUAUACAGUCUUGAGAUCCAACAACCGUUUUAUAAUAAUGUAUAAUUAUUAGCGAACAAAACAUAUACCGAACAGAAAUAUAAGCAUGUUUAUUUUGUCAAAAUGUAGACGUAGGAUGGUAAUUCAAACUGCAGGAACGCAAUAGUAAUACUUAUUUGAAAUGUAACAACUACAAAGUGUUCAUCCAAGUUGCCAAAUUCUGUGUAAUGUCAAGUGGUAUGCAGUAAUAUAAGGUGUUGAGGGAUGCGGUGCCUUGGCGAGGUGGCCUUAUGGCCAAGAGCAAUGUCCUCCCAUCGCAAGCCGCAUCCCUCAAUGUGUGUAACGUAUGUAAUAUUUGUAAUCAGUCACUCACUGUGUAUCCGCGUGUAGCGACAUUAAUGUUUAUUAAUUAUCAAUAAUUAUAGGAUAAUGCUCAAGGUGUUACGAGGGGUACAUAUAAUUUCCUUGUGUAGUGAAUUGAUUAAAAUUUCUUAUAGAUAAAUUUUAAUAUUCCAUUUUUGUAUAUUGCAUUCCAAACAAGCAUUUAGCGGGGGCUUAUAAAGUUUUUUGGGAAUUUACAAUCCGUACGAAGACUGCAUUCAUAAGUAGGUCCUUUUUAUAUUAGAUUACCGCAGGAUUUUGACCGUUUUUGCUUAAAAAAACUAUUUACAAAUUUUAAAUAUUCCAGUUUUUGUGGAUCCCUUUGAUGUAUUGGGGCCAAACUUUUUAUAAAUUUCCCUUAUGUACAGCUGUGAGUUAACAGACUUUCUUUCCUGUGUAUUUUUUGUAACAACACCUAAUAAAUUAAUGAUAAACAACUAAUGAGCAUUUUAAAGGCACCAGUUAAUUAAAAUAUAUCGUACCUGCUUAUUAAUGUACAAUAAUGGGGAUGUCCCAGUAUGUUGCGUUGUCGGACAUUUGUUUGCGGGCGUGGGAGGGCGCCGAGGGCGUGGCCCGUGGGACGCCCCGCGCCUCCUGAGUUCACUGUAGUAUCAUUUCGCGUGAUUACGUUGAUUGCGGUUAUUGAGAUUGGUUGAUAUGGAUUUUAUCACUGUUUUACAUUUUUAAAUAUUUAUAUGACAUUAAUAUGGUACAUUAAAAUAACUGUAAUAAUAUAAAA